AUGCCUAAUGCUAGUACAAGUUUGGCAUCUUCCCUUGAAAAUACAGAAAUAAAUAAAUCAGACAAUGAGGACAAAGAAGAGGAAAAGAAUACUAAAGCUACUAGCUCAUCAAAAGCAACAACACCAUAG